AUGUAUCCAGAGAUUGUCAGUCAAGGCUACACGCUUGCACCGUUCGAGGUCUCCUUGUACAACACGCAGCUCGUUCCCGGAGGGAGGGACCGGUUGGAGGAAGGGAUGGUGGUGGAGAGGAUCACAGUCCAGGAGGGGGAUGGGAUGGAGCGAUAUGAUGUGUACAGCUGGUUUUCAUCAGAGCAAGGCACUGAGGAGAUCCGAGCCGACGUUGUUGUGAUUACGCUCCUUGCUCCAUCUGCUGACGUUGAGCUGGACAUGAAGGAGCUCCAAGUCAGUGAGGUCAAGGUUUGGUCGACAGACUUCAAACAUUGCGAGAAGUCGUGCAGAUACGGGAACUGCUAUCAAGGUUACCUCAUGUUGCUCUCGCUACAAGUUGAGAUGCGACAGGACGUUGUGUGUGUUGGGACGGAGACUUCGUGGGCGAUGAUUGCAGUGACAAUGUCUUCGUUAGAUGCACUUGACAGGGAGCUCGAGGGUUUGCAAAAUCCGAGCACGUGUACAACGGAGAAUACAUUCUCCUGGGACAACACCGGUCUGUCUGCCAUUGUCUUCUAUCUGUCAGGUCUCCUUCACAUCUCAAUGUCCUACGGCAAGGCCAUGGUGGUGUCCGACAAGACAAAGUUUGUGUUUGGGCACUGUCCUUUCAACAACUUCAGUUGCAUCUUUGAGGACUUUUCCGGCUGUUCUGCUCAGUCUGCAAGAGAGGCCGACAACCUUCACGGCUCUCUUCCUAUCCAUGUGGAGGAACCGGAAGACUUUUCUUCUCAACCAGUCGACCUCUUCAACAAGCUGCGGGAGCUGAGAAAAGAUUUCAACCUGACAGAGCCGUUCAUCGGCUGGCAUGUUCGGCUUCAUGUGCAAGAUGAACUGAGGAUCGGGAAAUGUCCCAACAUCGAACAACACGUGCAGGAAAGCACAGAGGAGUUCUUCUCUCCCUCCCCCUUCCAGCCCCCCUUUCUCUCUGUGAAUGGCAGCACGGCAGGCGUUGAGACUGGUUGCAAGAAGGUACAAGCUGAAGAAGUGCUUGACCUUCGUCCUGCCUCCGUUGCUCAGGUCUUCGUGGCGUCGGACGACCCGGAAGUGGCCCGGCAAGCUCAGCUUCUCUGUCCUGACUUGGAGUUCACCAGCAACCUCGCCUUCGAUCGCUCCAUUCUUUCUCAGUGUAGCGGCGUGACAAGCGACUGCUGGCUCGAAGGAAGGGUCAGCCGAGGGGAGGUUCACGCCGAGGACAUGACAAGAGGUGAAGGCGACGACUCUGCCCAGCUCGACCUGACCAGCACGCCAGCAUGGCUCGUGGACGUGCUCAUGUUGUCAUUCAGCCAUGUCAUCGUCGGACAGUUUGGAUCCAACUUGUCCAGGUCUCGUCAGCUUCCUCCUCCUUCCUUUCAUUCCAUUGGAGCUUUGCCUCUCCCUCGCUCUCAGAGUGUGUGUGCCAUUCAGACCGAUUGGUUCUUAUACGUAAUGGAGUGA